GUAGUCUGGGUCAAAUACUUUUUUCUGACUGUUCAAAACAAAAACAAACGGCAAAAAAUAAACAAAUUUGCAGCUCUUCAAUUGAACUAAAAACUGUUACUUGCGGUAUUUGCUAGUACGAAAUGUCCCGUCGCCAUACUGAACACAAGAAGGAAAUGCGUGAGGAGCAGUUCCUGCACACAAGCGGAUCUCAGCCACUCAAUUGGCAGCGUAGACGCAGCCCCACUUUGGAUUGUUCGGGAAGAACCACAGAACGAUCAGAUGAACGCAAACGUCGUAGCGAGCGACGCUACCAUAGGGAGAGUGAGUCCAGGCAUCGUUCCAAGGAUCGCGAACGUCACCUUCGCUAUCAUGACUCCUCCACGCGCAGCAAACGGAGUCGCCGCUCAAAAUCACCAGCUUCAGGCAACGGGCAGGAGAAGGACGAGCAGUCAAAGAAUGGAUCUGCGGUGGGGGACUACUACAACCUAGACACUGAUGAGCCCUUCGACAAGGAGCGCUUUCACCGUGAGACGCAGGAGAAGCUACAGAAGCUGCGGGACUCCAUGUCAAAGGAGAGCAACGUGCCUGCACCAGCUAAGGCGCCUUCGAGCGGCUGCAGCUUCGCCAACGAUGGAUCUUUCUUGGAUACUUUCUUGAAAAUGCAAAGGGAGGAAACUAAUGUCGCCGCUCCAUACAUUAUCGCAGCGGCAGUGGGCGCGCCAGCACCACCGCCACUCCUCUGUGUGGGUCGUCGUCGUGGUGGCAAGAUCCUGAAGACCGGACGGGUGCCGAAACCGAAGGAUGCCACAGAGAAGACUGUGGAUCCCACGGACUUUUGGUCAGUGUAUCAGGCCGAGGUGGACAAGUACAAGACCACGGGAUGUGACACAGAGGAUGGCAAUCGCAAGUUGGUCAUGUGAGACCAAUUGGCAGACCCUUCCACAAAGAAAGUUAUUCCUGGCUCUUCUUUAUUGAUUUUGAUUUGUUUUUGCUUUAUUAUAAUGUAUUUGAGUGGAGGCAAAUAUAAUUCCGGCG